GAGGCAAUCAUGCCACCCACUGCGCCACCGUGAGACCUAUUUAUUACAAAGUUUUUAUCUACAAUUUUGCAGUUAAACUGUAAAUUAUUAGUUUUAGAUAUGUUAUGAAAUAAACAGAGAAAAUAUGAAAAUUAUUUUAAAAUACAAAUCUAUUAUCAUCCAUCAUUUAAGAAAGAAAAACUUAGGAGUCUGGUAAAACUUGUUUAAACUAAAAAAGUGUAGCUAAUAGGCAAAUAAAAACUGGCCAUUUCAUUCACUUCCUCAGUCAGAAAUGGGCACUUGAAAGAUUAAUAUUACAUUUGUCUUAAAGCCUUUUUCUGUCUGUAAUUUUCACAAUUUAAGAUAGCAUAGCAGUCAAAAAUGGGAUAAACCAGUACAUGUAAAGGUCAUAUUCAUGGCCUUUGUCAGUGAGGGGUGUGUCUUUCGAAUCACCCAAACCCCCACUGGCUACAGCCUGUAAUACACAGCCUCAGCAAAUUAUGAGUGUUUGUUAACAUCUUUUUUAAAAUAACGACUGCAGCAUCCAUGAUAAACACACCAUUGUAAACAAACAUGGUCAGUUCACAUGUUUGCACAUUGUGCAUGAAUUUAAAAAACUGCUGAGGCUCAUCUGGAUUAAAGUUAACGACUUACAGUUAAUUAAUAUGCACACACUUUAUGAGACAUCAAUGUAGCCUGUUGGUUGCAACUGAUUCAGCUAGAGUGAAGCAUAUAAGUGAAGUCUGCUAUAAUGUUCUGCUGAAAAAGUCACCUGAAUCAAUGGCCUGAGGGUGAAUAAACUGACAAAAAAUAUUUUUGGGGUGAAUUGUAACCGCUUGAUGUUAUUGUGUAUGUCCACACAUGCUGCUUUUCAAGAACUUAAAAACCUGUUUGAGCUUUUUCGAAAAAUGAUAUAGGCCUAGUUCACCACUGAACAGUCAGAAAGAUUCACACUGAAUCGUAAAAGUCGUUCGAGCGAUUUGUUGAAAAGAAUCGACUCAUACGAAUGAUUCAUUCACGAAUCGGGCAUCAUCACUUCUGAUUCAAAACAGACAACAGAAAAUACACGCUGCUCGACAUCUCAGUCAAUUAUAGGGAGGGAAAUGCAUCGCUUAACAGACAUUUCAGACGUAAUUUUAAUGCAACAGAGGUUUGCAUAUAGCCGAGCUAUCGAAACCUGUUGUUGAAAUAAAAUAUUUAAACAAUUGUGGCGGCGCAGAUGCCCGGUAUUGGCUCAUAGGACGAUAAGUCAAUAAAAAACGAUUCCAGAAUUACAACUGCUCAAUGAUAUCAUCCUUACGAACACUAAAGUUUGGAGACUGGCGGUCAUAACGGACCGCGCAUUCAGCGCUCAGCGCGUCCGAUGUAUUUUUAACCCUCAGUUGCUGCAUUACCGGAGUCCCGUCCACCCACGUGCUUCAAAACGCUGAGACGGAGGCAGCAAAACACGCACUUUCUGCGGCUCUGCCCGUCCGAGCGCAGCGACAGGGGGCGUCCGACGUGUUGCCGAAGCGAGGCGGUGGGUGCAGUCGGGGCCGCUGUAGGGAGGGAGGGAAGUGAGGAAGGGAGGGCGAGAGGAGAAGGAGGGAUGGAGAUGGAUGAUAGAUGCUUAUGUAGCGCGUCCCGUACGUUUGCCGUUAUGCUCGGCCGCAGACAAACUUGCACCCUCCCGUGACUUUCUUUCCCCUGCUGCUCCACCCAUGAAGCAGGACGCAGGGCGAAUGCGUGCCACUGUUCCGGAGCGCGUCGUGAUCGCUUAUUUAUCCGUCUGAUAAAUGGUUUUGGAGCUCGCCGCGCCCGCCGGUGCAGGCCCUGCGCUCCAGCGCUGCAUCCCGCACAUCCAGCGGGUUUUCCGGGUCAGAGUGAGCUGCAGCGCCGCCGAGUCCAGCUGCGACAGCCCCAACGCCGGUUCCAGUAUCAUCGUAAACAUCGAGGACGGCAAGGAGGAAGAUUGCACUAAAGCUAAAGAGUACAUUGUGUCGCUAAUUAGUCCUGUGCAUAAGCACCGUGAGCGGUUGACUCUGUGGCUGCAGCGGCGACUGCAUGCCCUACGUGCAGCAAUUGAGUACGAAAGCUGCGCCGUGGUGCAGGUGAGGGACCAUGCACUGGAGCUUCAGGGAGGUCAUGCACAGGUAACAGCUGCAUGCGCUAUGCUGCAGCGCCUGAAGAUGGAGCACCGCGGCUGCCGCGACCCCCAGCCCUCACCCGCAGCCGCCGGUCACGAGUCUCCAGAAGAAGAGGAGGAGGAAGAGGAUGAAGAAGCUGGCGAAGAAGGAAGUAGUUCAGAGAGCGAAGGAGAGGUGCGGCCGCGCAGUGGAAGUUCUGGAGGUGUCAGUUCAGCGGGGUCAGGAGACUGUCCAGUAGGAAGGAGACGGGACCUGCUCAUAGCAGCCAAACCUCACCGGCAGCUGUGCCGCUCGUCCUGUUUGGACCGUCCCAGCUUCAGCCAGAGCAGCACCUUACAAGAGUUACGAGCAGAUGACACCUGCACCGACCCGUCCCAGAAAGCCCUUGCUCCUCCCUCCUCCGCAUCCCCAAUGUCCUUACGUCAAACCAGCGAUCGAGAUUAUCAAACCAAAAUGGACUUUGCUUUGAAGCUGGGCUACUCUGGAGAACAGGUGGAGUCUGUGCUGAGUAAACUGGGGGCCAAUGCGCUAAUCAAUGAUGUAUUGGCUGAGCUGGUGCGGUUAGGAAAUAAAGGAGAUCCAGAGAGUCAGACAGCAGCGGGUAGUGCCAGUUUUGCACCACGGACAGUGGGAGCCAAAGAAGCCGUAAGCCCAGAGGCAUCGCUGGAGGAAGACUCAUCAGACACGUAUGACAACCUCCGACCAAUCGUGAUUGACGGAUCCAAUGUUGCCAUGAGCCAUGGAAACAAAGAGGUGUUCUCAUGCCUGGGCAUUCAGCUGGCUGUUGAUUGGUUUCUGGAGAAGGGCCACAAAGACAUCACAGUUUUCGUCCCAGCAUGGAGGAAAGAACAGUCAAGACCUGAUGCACCAAUCAAAGAUCAAGAGAUCCUCCGAAAAUUAGAGAAGGAAAAGAUCCUCGUCUUCACACCGUCCCGCAGAGUUCAAGGCCGGCGAGUGGUUUGCUAUGAUGACCGUUUUAUCGUCAAGCUAGCCUGUGACUCGGACGGGAUCAUUGUGUCUAAUGACAACUACAGAGACCUGCAGAACGAGAAACCGGAGUGGAAGAAGUUUAUUGAGGAGCGACUCCUCAUGUACAGCUUCGUCAACGACAAGUUUAUGCCUCCUGACGAUCCUUUGGGCAGACAUGGACCCAGUCUGGAAAACUUUCUCCGCAAACGUCCAGUGGUUCCAGAACACAAGAAGCAGCCGUGUCCUUAUGGUCAGUACAGCAAAAGUAAGAAGUGCACGUAUGGCCAUAAGUGCAAGUACUACCACCCAGAAAGAGCCAACCAACCACAACGGGCUGUUGCAGAUGAGCUUAGAGCUUUUGCUAAACUCUCUGCUGUAAAAACCAUGAGUGAGGGGGCACUUGCAAAAUGUGGAACCUCUGGGGCUGCUAACAAGGGAGAAAGUGGCUCAGAGGCAAAGCGAGUGGCACCCAAGCGCCAGUCUGACCCCAGUAUCCGGUCGGUUGCAUGUGAGCAGGAAGAGAGACUCUGUCCAAUGCGGAAGGCAGAGGCCAGUUCUGUACCGUCUUUAGUGUCCGCUCUUAGCGUCCCCACUAUGCCACUAACAAAGAGUCAUGCAGCUGGCGCUUUGAACACACGAUCGGCUAGCAGCCCUGUUCCAGGGUCUCUGCACUUUACCCACAGCUCGCUGGAGCACGCGGGCAGUGUCCAGUAUCCCCCAAUCCUAGUCACCAAUAGCCAGGGUGCAUCUGUGGCAUAUGGUGAGCCGUUUCCCAAGUACGACUCAGUAGUGAGUGACCAUGGCUACUACUCCAUGCUCAGUGACUUCUCCACCAUUAGCCUCCAAGACAGUUUCUGCAGUCUCGAGCAGCCAGAGCCUGUAGGAGUGGGUGGAGGAUAUUCUGGCAGAGCUCCCAGCAUGUGCCCAGAACCCGGCCGAAGCCAUUCAUCUGACUCUUUUUCGUCCUACAGUGGAGAAUUGUACCUCAACUCAUUGGAGGGCAGUCUGGACGACAGCAUGAAAUCUGCGCCAACGCAACCUUCGGCACAAACACGCCUUCAAGCCUUUGCUCACGGUUUCCACCAUGAGGCCUUGACACGUGUGCAGAGCUAUGGUACGGAUGAGCCCAAACCGGGACCUCGGAAGCAAACCUCCGCCCACCUCGCACCUCACACCCAACACCCGGUUGUUGGUGCUCGAUCCAGCUGCCCAGGAGACUACCCUCCUCUCCCCCAGAACGUGUUGCCUUCUGUCAGCCCCUCACAGCCGGGCCGAUCCUUAGGCAUGACCCGCAUGGACAGCAUCUCUGAUUCUCGGCUCUACGAGAGCAACCCUCUGCGCCAACGCCGACCGCCGCUUUGCCGAGAGCAGCAUGCCAGCUGGGACCCUUUGCCAUGUGGCAAUGAACCCUACAGUUAUGGAGGCUAUGGAUUAACCGGAGCCCUCAUGCCUUGCUGUGAGAGGGUGAUGGUCCGCAGCAUGCCCGAGAAGAUGGAGCAGAUCUGGAGGUCCCCGUGGGAUAGUGUGCCGCCUCCACCCCCUGCCACUCGUGGGCCAGCAGGGGAUCACCAAGAGCGGCACCCUAUUCCAGAACACCAAUAUCAAACCUACCGAAACCUCUGUAACAUCUUCCCGGCAUAUGUGGUCCAUUCGGUCAUGGAGAAGAACCCUCACAUGACCGAUCCCCAGCAGCUGGCUGCCGUCAUCGUCACUGAACUGCGCUCUUGCCACUAAGCACAUCACAGAAGGCUGCUAUCAGUUAUAUAUUCAUAUAUAUAUCCUAGUGAAUGAGAGAUUGAACGCCUGGAGCAUUUCUGUUUUUGUCUAGCUUUAAAGAUCAUCCACCAGAAGUAAUUAUGACUGGAUUGGAUGCGUUGGUUAGGAAGUUGGCUAGCUUGAUAGCAUUGAUGCUGCGUUGGUUAUUAGUAUUCAGUUAAGCCAUAUGGAAACAUGGAUCUUGUACCUGAAAAGUUUAGCAUAGAAAAGUAAGAAAAAAAAACUAAAAAAACAAAUAGUCUUCAAAGUCCUAAUUCCUCCACUAGUCAGCUCCUGAGAUGGGCCAUAUUGAUCUAGAUGCUUGGGUGGCCAGAAUAUUUCUCGUUCAUAUAGCCGACUCAGAAGUGUGUCCACACUGAGAGCGCAACUUCGCCUGCCAGUUCGAUGGCAGAUCUUCAGAAUGUGUUAUUUUGUGGGUAAUGAUAACAUUUAUCCUUUGAAAAAGAGUCACGUGACAGAUCUCUUUGGUAAAACCGAUCAGAAAUGAUCCUGCACAAUAUGAAUAGUAUUGUGUAUGUAUAUGUGUAUUCACUUGCAUUCGCGUGUAAAUACGACGUGAAGCUGUGGUGUAUUUUUUAUUUUUUUCAGUGUGCGUGAUGAUGAAGUGUGAUUUUUGGAAACAGGAAUGAUCGAUCGCUUGCGUACCUCAAAGCAUGACUUCUAAGGCCUUACACUGGAGUGACCUCAUCACACAUUAAUGUGAAUAACGCUCGGCAGUUGUGGAGGUCGCAUUUGUUUUAUACGAGCGAGCGCUGGGAUGGAGAGGUUUAGAUUUUUUGGAAAUGACUGGGGUGAAACUGCAAACCUGCCCUGCGUCGUUUUUGUCUCGGCUGUGCACAGAUGUGUAUUUAUGAAGCCAUUUUUAAAAGAUUGAGCCAAAAAGAUAAUCAGUGUAUGUUUUUCUGAUCAGAAAGUACAAGGUAUAUCUAGUUGGAGAAGUUAUCCAUAUGUAUUUCCUAAAUGUCGUUGUUGUAUUGUAGAUUUUAAGAGAGAUGUUUGAGCAUUUGGUAAGCAUGGGCUUCAGUAAAUCUCUCCCAGACAGCAUGUUAGCACUAUGCUUGACAGAGAGCGUCACUCGCGUUCAGCUCGUCAGUCAACUAUUUUUCCAGUAUUCACAAACUGGGGAGGUGGAUGUGUCUCUUUGGCAAAAUGCUCCUGUGCAGCAUCUAUUUCCUGAUUGAUGCCGAGAGACCAAUGCCCCAUUUCAUCUGCUCCACCCUGUAAAUGAACAUAUUUUCAGGAGAGUGUGAAUGUUAUCAGUCCAGAGAUGCUCUGGGUGUUUUCGAAAAGACUUAAAUUGCUCCUUCGUUUUUUUUCAUGAGCACAGGUGUGGCCCCGUGGGGCCCCGUUAAUGCUCGUGGGAAGGUGUGACACACUGCCUACCUGUCUUUUCCUGUGCGACACACACAUGGAACACCAGGCUGUUGUUGGGUUGUUUCUGACAUUUGGCUGACAGUUCGCUUGCUGCCUCUCUUCCGCCCCCGAUUCUGCUUCAACUUGGACACAAAGCCCAACCUCCCAGCUCUCGAAAAUGAAAACAGACUCACUUUUCUGAAGGCUAUUAAAGAUUUUUCCUUGAUAGGUUUUUCUAAAUCAUAUUUUUAGAUAUAUUUAUUUUUUGUUAGCAUGUUUUAGGCCAGAAACAUAUUUAUUGAGGCACAUGCCAGACUCCGGUGUUAUUUAUUUUUAUUUUAAAGUAGGAACUCCAUUGCUAAAGCUGUGAAAUCAAAUGAAGAAGAUAAUAAAAAAAAAUCUAUUUCACACGUUUAAAGUAAUUGUGCACAUCAGAGUUUGCUUAUAAAAACCAAACUACAUUGUUGUUAUUAUUUUCAGUGGAACAAUAGAGAUUUUUAGCUGAACUUUGGUGAUUUUUACAAUGCAAGUGAAGAGCUACUUGCACUUAUAGAGGCAAAACAAAAGUAAGACUGUAAGUAAAAAGCUGUAGAUCAAUGGUCUCAAACUCAAUUCCUGGAGGGCCACAGCUCUGCACCAUUAGCUCCCACCACCUCCAUGUAGAGAUGCAACAUUAUAGACUUUUUUUGUACGAUAAUAGUCUGACGAAUAAUCACGGUUUAGCAGUUAUCAUGAUUGUUAUGCAUACAGAUCACAUGAAUACUCUUCAUAUUUUAAAGUGUUAUUUAUUGCUGCUUAGUAACAACAAUCAAAACAAACAUUACUCCAUUUCUCUAAAACUAAAAAUAAGUGAAAAUAGUUUUCGGCAUUUAAACACGAGCAAUAAUUUUAUACUGAAAAUAAACGACAGAACAAUGGAUAAAUUUGAAAGCGCCAGCGAGUCGCGCCCCUCAUGUGCCCUGUUUGCAUGUGUACGUUGCUCCCAAUAUGUGCAUAUAAGCCACAUGCCUCAUUUGGAAAUAACAAACUUGCAUGUGCAAAAGAUACAAUAUGUGAACGGGCUUUGGUUAAUAGCCUCAGCCAACGUUAAUCCAGUGUGUAUGUAUAUUACUCUCUGUGUACAAGCACGGAACUUUAAACUAGGGCACCAUUGGCAUAAAUUUACUCAGUUGCAGCAGUUUUGUUCCAUGCAGAAACAGUGUUGAGAAACCUUUAUAAUUAACUAACAAUGACAAAUUAAAUUAUGGUUAAAAGUUAAAUUGGUUAAUCCUUGCAUCCCUACCUCCAACUCACACCUGCUUAAUAGUCUCUAGUAGACUUGAACACCUUGAUUAGUUGGAUCAGCUGUGUUUGAUUAGGGUUGGAACUGCAGCUCUCCAGGAAUCAAGUUUGAGACUUAUGCUGUAGAUUAUAAGUAAGAAAGAACAUUGUUGUCUUGUACAGACCAUCCUUUUCACUUUAUAAUAUUGUUAUAGAGCUACCAGUAUUGAUUUAGUUUUUCUUUGUAUAUAUCUCUUUCCUCAAUGGGAUUAUAACCAACGUUUCAGCUAAAGAUCCUCAUUAAUGUUCAUCUGAAGGAAAAAAGUCCUGAAUGAGUAAAUUGACAGCAGGUUUUUGUGUGAACGACCUCUAUAAGAGACUUCAGUAACGAAUACGGCACUGGCAAAACUUUAUGUACUAUGAGAUGACUUUUAAUAUAUAAAUGUGUAUUUGUGAGGUGAAAUUCAGCUAGAAUUAAGAUCAGUUUGAAAGUUAAUUAAAAUGAAAUGCUGCAGUUUCGAUAGGAAGAAAUUUGGAUAUUUAGUAGGACGCAUGAAUUUCCCGCUAGACUUUUAUGCCUGUAAUUUGGUGAACUUUUCACUAUGACUAUGUUUCAGGCCUAAACAUGUCUUUUUUGACCUAGGUAUUUUUACAAUUGGGUCUUGCCCUUUUUGUCCCUCUGAACCUUGGAGCAAAAAAAAAAAAAGUAAAGAAAAAUCUAGAAAAAAAUGUUUCUUCUUCAGUCUCGAAGCUUCUUUUAGAUUGUAAAUGAAUAGACUGCUAUCUGCUGCUUACGCUCUGAGGUUCAGACCCCCGUGCCAUUGAGCAGCAAGCUACCACACAUCAAAUGUCCAGAAACGACCUUUUGCUUGUUGAUACAAAUUGUAUCUAUUUCUUGAUUGUAAAAAAAAUAUAUAUUUCUGAGCUGUACAGUAUCACUUAUAUGAGUAUAUAUAUCUAUAUAUAUAUUUAAAAGAAGCUUAGUUUUGUUUAAAAAAAAAAAAAAAAAGGAUAAAGAAAUAUAAUGCCAUAAUGUCAGUGAUACCGUGUGUCACUCGAGUAGCCCAUAGAGAUGGCUUAUUUCCUGCCGGGCAGACCACUACAGACAGGGAUCUCUCUCUAUCUCUUUCAUUUCUUUCUCCAUCAUCUCACUCCUCUCUCACUUCUCCAUUCCUCAAAUGUGUGGUUCGAUGAUGAUCUGAAAAGUGCUAGUUUACCUCAGUGGAGCUGAACUUCUGUUUGACUGAAAGAUUUUUAGGCUUGUCAUCUCUUUCUCUCUCUGUUAAAGGUUUAGAUUCAAGAGAGACACAUUCUGACACAUCAGUGUGCUCCUAAUAUAUUUUUUCCUCUGUAAAUAUUGAAGAUUAAUGUCGAAACUCUUGUAUUUGCACAGUAUUAGUGCAGUUCACACACACACACACACACACACACACAUAGUACAUAAAGACACUCUCUACCAGCUUAUCCGAACUGGAUUUUUCUCUCUUACACACACACACACACACACACACACACACACAGAUAUUAGACUUCAUAGGUUGCCUUGUCAACCAGUCAGCUGAUCACAUGCUAUCAUUAGUACCAAUAUAACUAAUGUAAAAUGUCGUGUUCGCACUAGUGUGAAUUUAUGGUAAAUUCACCACCGUUUCACCUGUAACAUAGUUUUACAUGACAUGGAGGUGCCAUUCCAGAUUAGAGAUGAAACUUUAAUUGGAUGGAAUUUGCACAGAUUUUGUUUUUGUUUUUUAGCAAAUAGAUGAGUUUGAGCAAUGAAAGUUGACGUCACACACACACACACACACACACACACACGUGAAAUGUGAGCUUUAUCGGAGUCUCUUACUGAAAGAUGUCCACACAAACACAUGCGCACCUCGUAACUUGCCUUAUAAUUGAAAUGACUUUUGGUUUGUGAGAGCGGAGCACAUUCUGACUGUACAGCGUUGAGCUUUUCUAUUCUCCCGAGCGGAAGCUCUAACUGAGAAGAUCUUUCAGCUCUUAAUCUCAAUUGGCAUCUGAAUGGACAACCUUAUUUAACUGCUUGAACCGUUUUUCUGAUUACGUUUUGGCUAGAGUGUCCCAAGAAAGCUUACUGGACAAAUUGAGAUGAGAAAAUAACUAGCAAACGGGCAUUUUAGACUGUCGGAAGAGAGGUUUUCUUCUGGCUGCGGAGCUGAUGUAAUCUGUACAUGUAUGUUUUAUCGAUAUCGAAUACACCAGCUAUAACUCGCUCACACAAACACACUCUCACCAACAGACUGAUUCUCAGGAACUAACAGAUGUAUUCUUGUUAUUAUUUCAGCUCCUUUAUGGAAGAUAUUAUCCUCGAUGUUCGCUCUUAUAAAAUUGCGGCGAUUUGUGAAGUAGUGUGGAUGAUCUUGAAAACGUGUUCUUAAAUUCGAGUUUUGCCGUUCAUUUAACAUACCCCCUCCCCCCCUCUUUGUAUUGUGGGUUUUUGGCGCCUUCGCAGGUCGACCGAGUGGUCUUGACACUUUUGAGUCUCGUGCUGUGAUGAUGAUGAUUGCAUACAAUAGUAUGUUUUGAUCUCUACUGAAUGAAACGUGUUGCUUUUGAACUUGUUUUCAAUAUGACAAAAACACGAACCAAAAAAACAAAACAAAAGGAAAGUGACAUAAGGUGGAUAAACUUUAUAACGCUUUGGGUCUGUGGACUCAAACAAAAUGUAAGUCUCAAUGACAAAAGGUGUUUGUUCCUCUCAAUAAAGCCAGACUCUAUUUGGUUUACCGUUA